GUAACUCGUGUUGGCGUCUCAGUUUGAGUCUCAGAUUGAUACAUAGUAACGCAAAUCAUCAUCAUCGCUACACUGUAGCAUCUUCCUCUACAACUUUUCCUGACUGGAUCUUACCUCAGAGACUUAAUACGGCAAAAAUUUCUUGAACAUUUCAUUUUACCUGCAGAAGUCUAAACAUCGUUUUUUCGGAUUAUUUUGACACUCGAAACACGUGUAUUUCCAUGUAAGACACGCGGGGAUUCUCAGUUGUUUUAUAUUAUACGUGACGGCGCGUCAGAAUGUGCGCGCGUGUGUGUUCCAAGAGUUUGUUGUGGGUUUUGGGUUUGUUGGGGUUCUGCGCUCGCGCGGUCGCCGCUCUUGAAUGUGCGCCGUGCGCGCUUCGCUCGUGCCCGCCGGUGAGUCCUCUCGGGUGUGAUUCGGGUCGGGUUCUGAGCCGUGACCCGUGCGGGUGCUGUGAGCAGUGCUCUCGGCUGGAGUUGGAGUUGUGUGGAGGUGCGGACUGGAGGCUGGGCUACUGCGGGUCCGGACUCACCUGCGCGGCGGUGAACGGAACCGGACCGGUGCGCGUGCCUGACGCAGGUGCCUGUAAAGUGGCACCUCACGGCACAGAUGCAGACGGGGAGGACACCCGCUGCCCCCUGUUGAGCGGCUGUGAUCGUGUGGACGGUAAGUGUGUGUGUGACUCCACACACUCCUGCGUCAGGACCUUCAGCUAUCCGAACAGAGAAGCGUGCGUCCAUGCUGGCAGGACAGGGUCUCGUCGACAUGAGCGCAGACACAAGGAGAAGUUUGUGGGUCCUGUAAAUGGGGCGUGUGUGUUUUCGGGCUGUAACCUGACAGCUCACGGCUGUGUUUGUUCAUCCCAUAGCUGUGACCAUCACUUCAUGUAUAACAACCGCAGCCAUUGUCAGCGAGCAGCAGAGGAGCUGAAGUGUGCCGGAAUCACAUGCCCACAUCUGCCCACCCCUGACUGCCCACCAGACUCAGUCCUGACGCACAUCUACACGCCACCCGAUGGAUGCUGCCCGAAGAUACCCGCCCAAUGCACGUGUGCACGGUGCCCCCCGCCGCCCGACUGCAGCGGAGACCGCAGAGCCCUGAAGCUCACCAAGGGCACCGGAGCGCCCGGAAACUGCUGCCACACCUACACGUGCCAAAAAGUUUCGUCCAGGUGUGUUCAUGAUGGCCAGGGGUUUUCAGAGGGUGAGGUGUACCGUAUGGACCCGUGUUGGGUGUGUCAGUGUCGGGGUGGAAUAUCGUUCUGUUCUAAAGCCGAAUGUGCUGAGCUGGACUGCGACAACUUCUACGUUCCGGAGGGGGAAUGCUGUCCCGUCUGCAAAGACGUGGAGCUUCUGUCGGCGGAGAGCACGAAGGCGAGCUGUUGGCUGAAUCAGAGACUCCGAGCUCACGAGGAACAAUGGAAAGAAGACGACUGCACGUUCUGUCAGUGUGUGGACGGAGAACCGCACUGCACCGCCAUGGCCUGUAAACUGAGCUGUCAGAACCCGGUGAAGAUCCCUGGAGAAUGCUGUCCGUUCUGUGAGGAGCCUUCAUAUGAGACGGUGAGUCCUCUGAUCUGUCCUCCGCUGGUCAACUGCUCUCUCUCCGCUCACGACUGUCCUCACGGCUUCCAGCAGGACGGCAGCGGCUGUCUUCUGUGUCAGUGUGUCACCAAUGUCACGUGUCCGGUUUUGUCCUCUUUCUGCUCUCUGGAGUGUCUGACGGGUUAUGAGAGAGACAGUCAGGGUUGUGAGGUGUGUGAAUGUAGCACAUCCACGGCGAAGUGUCGACCUCUGACCUGCAGCAAGACCUGCCCUCAUGGAUUUGUGAGGAAUAAACACGGCUGUGAAAUGUGUCGCUGUGUCAAGUGUCCUCCGUUCACCUGCGACAAACGCUGCAUCAACGGCUACACAACCAACAGAAAGGGCUGCAGCGUGUGUGAGUGCAGAGAUGUAGAACAACCUGAGCCCAGCGUGUGUCUGACGGCGGACGGGCGGAGGUUUGAGGAGGGUGACAGCUGGCACGACGGCUGCAGAGACUGUUACUGUCACGCCGGGCGUGAAAUGUGUGUUCUCAUCACCUGCCCGGUGCCCACCUGUGCCCACCCGACGCUCAGAGCGGAUCAGUGCUGCCCUACCUGUGAAGCAGACGAGUCUGGAAGCGGUCAGCCGGAGGGUGUGGAUAUGGUUGUGUGUCGUGCUCCAGGAGGUGAACUCUAUGUUGAAGGAGAGACGUGGAGUUUGGACGAGUGCACCAGAUGCACCUGCAGACAGGGACGAGUUCUGUGCGAUUCUGAAGUGUGUCCUCCUGUUCUCUGUCACCGACCAAUCAAAGACUCCUGCUGUUCCGUCUGCGCAGAGGACGAACUCAACCCGCUGCUUCCCGUCAACAGCAGCCAACAGGAAUAUUGCGUCUCCACCAACGGAGAGAUCCUAUUGGCUGGGGAUUCGUGGAGAUCUAACGCCUGCAGCAGCUGCGCGUGUCGUAACGGGACGAUCGAGUGUUUUCAUCAGCACUGUCCGCCGGCCCGCUGCAGGGUUCCUGUGUUACGAAAGGGCCAGUGCUGCCCGCAGUGUUUGGAGGUCACGACAACAUCAGUGCCAGUCAUGCUGUCGACCACAGCGACCAAACCCAGAGUCACAGAGAGUCUGAACACAGCGUUCUCCAGCGUUCCUUCAGUCCUUCCAGUCACAGAUGGUAAAGUUCUGCCGGAGGACCGUCCCAGCGAGAGGGAGAGGAGUCUCGUCUACCAAUCAGCAGCCUGGAUUCUGGCGGCCAUUCUGUUGGCCGUGGUGAUCUUCCUCUCCGUCACCAUCCUCAUCAUCCGGAGGAAGGACUGGGUCCAGAUGUCCUGCUACAGCGCUCCCAGAAAGACGGUGAUCCUCCAGAAGCACAUCAACAGGAACUCGGUGGUGCACAUGGAGCCGUCCAAAGACAACAAGCUCCACGGCACGAAGAUCGAAUCCGCUCUGAACUUCCCUUUGGACUCGGACCGGAUCACCAUCCCACGAGCCAAACUCGCCAACGGACACGCCGAGGUCCAUCGCUAGACGUCCCUUCACGGACAUCAUCAUCAUCUCCUGUCACCUCACACAUCACAAACUCCGACCGUCUCAUCUGCCGCCAAGCGUCAGGAACUCCACGAUGACGUCUUGGAGUUGAAAACGCAGUUUCGUGGAGCUUCAUGCCGUGCAGGAGAGACGGAGCAGAAUAAACACAGACGGAUGAUCGUGUAAUCCAUGAUGAGAAAGAGCUUCGUGAUCUCACCGCUGGAGAUUCUCGAAAUCGAUCCGACUUGAUUUUACGCGGACAUUUUUUGGAUGCCUUACAGGACAAGCGUGUGUCCGACCUCUAGAAUCUGUUUCACGCCAAUUUUAUACCAGUUAUUCCUAGUUCCUCUUUUUGAAGCAUUUGGUAAGGAUGGACUCAACACUCCCCACACGCUCGUAUGAGUUCAGUCACACACGCAAAUUCUGAUUCUGAUGCGCAAUCCCAGAAUGCACUUCAACAACAAUCAUAACGUACAAGAUGGCUCAUUCAUAUGAUUUUGAAUCAUAGAAAACGUAUAUGAUUCUUUAAAAAGCAAUCCAACCCCUACUCUUAACACAGAUUGCGCUAAAAUGCAACGUUUGGUAAAAUAGCAAUGGAUUUCUGCCAGAUUUGGUUUCGUUAUAAAUCUAGUCGAGGCUGAAUUCAGUCACAUGGUGAAGCAUGUGUUUUUGGUUGGCUUGUAACGUUAGUCACGCGUUCACGCACACAAUGAAGUGUGAAUGUGAGGAGUCACAUGUUCAUGAGCUCACGGCAACAGAAAUCUGUUUUCCAUGAUAUGACCUGUUUGCAUGUCAUAUAACAUUGAUAUCAUCUCCAUAAAUCUCCCACAGCGGCCCGAAGAUUGAUCAAGAUUGACGUCUGCGUAACUUUAUCUGUCAAGAACAUGUUCAGAUUACAUCAUGCUCCAAAUAUUUUACGGAAAGCAAGGGGUCUAUUUUAGGACCUUUAAAGUGACGCUUCAGCCAAAAACGAAAAUUCUCCGCAUGUCAUGACAAACCUGUUCAAGUUUCUUUCUUCUGCAAAACACCAAAGAAGAUAUUUUGAAGAACGUCGAUAACCAAACAACAUUGAACUUCAUUUACUUCCAUUGUACGAACACAAAACCACUGAGACGUUUCUCAAAAUAUCUUCUUUCAUGUUUCACUGAAGAAAGAGUCACGUACAGAUGUAAAACCGCUUGAGAGAGAAUAAACGAUGACUGAUUUACUGCAAUAAAAAAAAUCUAAUCGUCAUAAAAAUAAUGAGAAUUCUUCAAAGCACUUGAUGGUCCUCCAACAGCUUCAUCUGCUUUAUUUUGAUUUGGGAUGGACGUUUUCUCGUCAGCUUCACACAGAAAUAUAAUCCUGCGCCGAUCUUCAUAUUGCCGACAAAUUAUUCCGAUGAUUUUUAAUCAUCAACCCGCCAAAUGAUCAAACCACCGAGUCGAACGUUCUGGAAAUGCAUGAAAGUUCUCGUUCGCAGAUGAUUGUAGUCCAGAGGUUUUUGGACUCGGCUGUAUUUCAGAUUCACACGACGCCAAAACAAAGAGACACUUUCACUUCAAAGAGGACUCAAACAAAUGCAGCCGUUUGCUUACUAAAUGUACAAAACACAUAGUAGAUGAUUAUUUAUUUUUUCACAUAGUUAUUAUUUAUUAAUACUAAACUUUAGCUGAAGUCAUCGAGUUCUCGUCUGGUUUCUGAUGUUGGCAGAGAAACACAAAGCUGCUAUACAGAUUUUGUCAAAGUUUCUCGUAGUUCUGCUUUAUACUCCUCAAGUGUAUUUAUUUUCUCUUUGCAACAUGUACAUAUGUACCUCAUAGAUGUUGAACUGUAACAUGUACACUUGUUUUUGAAAUAAAAAUGGAUUGUGUGGAAUUCCAGAGAUGUUGAAGUGGUCAUGAAAAUUCAUACUAAUGUGUCUCCAGAUUUAUAUUAAAAGAAUCGAUUCCCAACACACUCCACAAAUGUCUCACAAACAUCAACCGUUUAUAGAAACUGAUGUCUCCAAACGAAACAAUGAUUUCUGCACCAUGCUCAAUUUACUUAUUUAAUGUGUUUACAUUAUGAAAUAUUACAGCACACUUUCUAUAUUCCGUAUGAGAUAAUUUCGUUUUUAAACAUUUUUCAAAAACCAUCUUUUUUAUUAUGUUAUCAUGUUUUUAUUGUGUUAGUUCGCUGUAUUGUUUUUUGUUAUCAUGGCUUAAAUCAA